CCUAUGUGUGCUGGGGUCCCCAUUUUUACACCCAGGUCUCCUGCAGCUGUGUCUAUACCAGCAGCUGGUCUCUCUCCUGGGCCUCCUCGCGAGGCGCACCGGGGCGAGACUCGUGAGUCAUCUCUGUCUCUCUCGGGUUCGCUGUUCUUCUCCCUUCCUCUCCUGCGUGUGCACAGCUUCUCUUCUCUCUCUUCUUGCUCUACCUCUCGUUUCCUCGCUUCUUAUUCCUGUCCCAUGCUCCAUCCGCGGUAUUCCCUCAAAGGGAGACCUAUCUGUUCUCUCUCCAUCGUCUUUUCCAUGCGUGUACGCCCCUAUCCGUCCACGGUCUCCUUACGUCUGUUUCGCAUGCCUCGCUUCCCGUGAACCCUGAAGGCCUUCCGAGUGUAUUCACUUCUCUUCACCUGCGUCAUGAGGCGAAAAGGCAGGUUUCGUACUUCGACUACAUUUCGAGGAAGGCCAGCUUCCUGGUCUUUCUGAGGCGCAGGAACGCAUCGAAGAGCAAGGAGCGCUAAAUGCCCUAAAAUCCCCCUUGACCCUGAGUUGCAUCGGAGAGGGCGAACCAGGUAAAGCUCUCCGGUCCUGUUUUGCUCCUUCUCACGGCGGCCCUGUCUUUGGUCCUUGAAUCCUCUUUUCCCCGCGCUCUCGACUCCCUGUCGUGUUUCCUUUCGCCUUCCUCUUCGCGUCUCCUUUUUCUCCAGCGGUUCUUCUCCUUCUGUCUCCCACGCGCUCUUCUGCACUGCCUUCUCGUCCCGCACUCUCGUCGGGAGCAACGGCGAAGAUGGGGGGGACCCCAGCUGCUGCUUCUCCCUUGCAGGAGGCCCGCAUGCGUUCGCCAUCCUGCCUGUCUGCUCGUGACUCGUUCCUCGCCUCGGCCUCUCCUCUCCGCAAGGUCCUGUUUGCUCUGUUUUUCUCCAUCGGAGUCGCUCUGCUUCUCCUUCUUCGUCUCCCCUUCCCGCAGACCGUGGUUGCGCCUUCGCCAUCUUCUUCUCUCCCUACUUCUCUCUCUCUUGUCCAUCCGCUUCUCCCCUUCUUCUCCCUCGGCAGCUCAGAUUCUCUCCUCGCACUCCCCGCUUCCGCUCCUGCAGAGACCUCCUCUUCUUCUCCUUCUGCUUCUCCCUCUGCCGCUUCUGUGGCUCCGUGGUGGCUUCCCUGGUCGCUCUCCGCGGGGCCUGCGUGGUGGGUCAGUUGCCCCGCGGACACGGCCCGGCGGUUGGGGACUCCCAAGGCCCCCAGACAGCUCCCCGGCUUCGGACGUCGCUCGCGCCGCACUCCCCAGAAAGCCGCAGAAGUUCCGGACGCGCCAAGUGAGGCAGAAGAAGAGGCGGAAGCUGAGGAGAAAGAAGGACGCUUCCGAGACGGUAUCGCGGCCGCCGUUCCUCUGCAGGCGCGAUGGGAGCACCGCCUUCCCGAGAGUGCGAGACAGGCGCUUGCCGUCUUCGCUCUGCAAGGAGAGACGGAGAAUAACCAAGCCGAGGAAGAGGAAAGAAGACGCAAAAGAACGUGGACAUGCAGCAACUCUGGCGAACGCAGCGAGUUGUACGAUGCCUUGCAGGAGGUCGCUUUCUCGAACUACGAAUUCCCCCCCUUUCUUGAGGUCUUUCUCUGCGUUACUCUCAUCAACCUGAGCGUCUGGAUGUUCAACGCGUUUUCGCGCUGUGUCGCCUCUUUCUCGGCAUGGCGGUCGCAACGCUUCUCGCGCUUCGGGCCGCCGUCUGGAAACUCGACCAGCGAGGCGUCUGACCUGUCGGAGACUCCGUCUGCUUCUGCAGUCGCUGCUUCCUCUAGCUCGUAUGCGCGCGUGAGAAGGAGGCCGCCAUGCGCUUCGGGCGCCACAGCGUCGUUCGCGUCGCCUUUUGCCUCUACCUCUUCGCAGAAGAGCUCUGUCGACGCGUCUCCACCGUCUCCGCGCUCUCACCUCUCUCUUCUUGUCAACUUUCUUGUCAAUUUUGCUCUCCUCGUCCUUCCCCUGCUGCUCGGUUUCUGUCUCCCCAACGCCCUCCUUCCCGUCUCCGUCGGUGUGGGGUCUCUGACAGUUGCCUUUCUCCUCCCUUCAUGGAUUCGUCGGAUCUUUCAGCUCUCGGAGACGCCGAAGGCUGUCGACGCGUCGCUGUUUGAAACAGACAGCUGCGGGCGCAUUCUUGCCCUCGCCGAGUUUCGGGGCGCGUUGAUGAUUGCUACAUGCAUCGCGAUUUACGGCGUCGACUUCUUCAUCUUCCCGCGGAGCCUCGCCAAAACGUCGGCCUUUGGCGUCUCUCUGAUGGAUCUCGGCGUCGGCUGCUUCGUCUUCAGUGCUGGCCUCGUUUCUCGCCAAGCGCGAGGAGAGCAACGAAGCAAAGUAGCAAAGGGAGAACAAAAACACAAAGAAACGGGAGGCAGCGCAACUAGUCUCGACGGUGCAGCAGACUCCAGGGGGAAGGUGGAAAAAGUUAAAUCCAGAAAACGUAACUGUCUCACACGAGGAGUCUUCACACUGUUGCGCGCUGUCGGGAGAAGUGGAGUCCUCGGUUUCGCCGGCAUCCUCCGUUUUGCCGCCGUCUCUCUCCUCAACUACUACACGCCGGUCACCGAGUAUGGCAAGCACUGGAAUUUCUACAUGUCUCUGAUGGUUCUCUUCAUCGCUGCCGAGCUUCUGUUGCCCGGGUCGUCUUCUCGUCCUUUCCUCUACGUGCCUAUGGGCGUUGCGCUUGCAUCAGUUUACCAGCUUCUGUUGUGGGUGGCCGCCGCAGAGACUUGGGUCCUCACUGCUGACAGAGACAACUUCUUCACUGCGAACCGCGAGGGAAUCCUCGGCUGCGUAGGCUUCUUCGCCCUCUACAUGAUUGGGGUCGGCGUCGGUUCACUCUUUUUCAGUGCAGCUUCUCUCUCUUCGAGGCGGCCAGUAAGUGAAGAAGGAGAAAAAGGGACGGCCGCGAUGAAGAGCCAGACAGUCUCCAGGCCGCCCUCUCGAUUCGCCCUCAUCGCGGUGCUCCUCGGCGCGGCGGUUUGUUUCUAUUUGUAUGCCUUGGUUUUGGCCUUCUACUUUGAUCUACUUCCAACGCGUCGGCUGAUCAAUCUGCCGUGGGUUCUCCUCGUUGCCGCGCUGAACCUGUACGGCCUUGCUGGAGUCCUUUUGUCGGAGGCUCUUGUCGGCCGUGGGCCCGCUGGGGCCUCGUACCUUGUGUCGGGGCUUUCUCAGAACCAAAUCUUCAUUUUCUUGAUUGCAAAUGUGCUCUGUGGUCUGACGGGACUGAGUAUGAAUCGACUUCUGGUUCCCCCUGCGUUGGCCUUGAGUCUGCUUCUUCUCUACGCUUUAAGCUGGGCAUUUGUCGCCUUCGGCCUUGGCUACUUGGAAAAACGGAUUCCUCUGAAUCUGUAGUCUUCCCUCUUUCACGAUCUCUUUUUGUCUACGUGGGAAUACCUGCUGCACAGAUCUUUGCGGGUCGUGCCAGCAACCGUCUCGUAAAAAAGGGAACAACUUUUUUCGUUACUUCGCUUUCUUGUUUGCUUUGUUGACCGGUGGGGCCUUUUCGGCUCCCUGGCUUCACAUGCAGUGUGUCAUGUACAUAAUCGGGUGAAGAACCACAAUGAAUACCCAGGCGAUCGAAGGCGCUGUCUCGUUUUUGCAGCUACACGCCACAAGUAGACACAGCACAGCAGUUUUUCUAGAUAAAGUCAAUAAUCAUGACACCUACGAAAAGGACGUUAUUGUACAAAGGCUACUGAGUGUGACUCCAGUUCUGAGAUCCGGACUUAGCUAUACGGUUCGCUCUUUUCGAACCUUUUCCGCAAAUGGCUUAGGUUGUUACGGUGGAAAGUCCGAUCCCUGCCCUCUUCCAUUGCCAGCACAUAAAGCGGCAAUCUCGAGCCAUACAGAGGAACGCAGUGCGGAGCAGAAAGGCAACAUAUUUUUUUGGCAGUCGUUGAGAGGGAAAAAACAAUAGUUUGCCUCACAGAGGCACAUGAAUCAGGAUACGGCCAGCAAGAAGAGAACUCCUGAACAUGCCCUGAAACAAAAGCAGAAGGACGAACGGUACACUGCGUGGCUACCUUCGUGGCAACAGAGCUCUCCUAGCUAAGCAUCUGCGCGCCCCUUGCUUUUUCUCCAUCUCGCCCAAGUUUCCCCGGCUGUAUCUCCUCCACUUUCUUGCCCUAGAUGCAAAUAUGCAAACUGGUACUCCUCUUCCUCUGUCCUGUUACUGUGCUCUUCCUGAACUCGUCUGCCCUCUGUGUGGGCUCAGGCAGUCCUUUGCCUCUCGUCUUCAUAAGGCGCGCGCGACGGCUGUCGAGGUUUCGCCGUGUUGAGAACCCAUCCGGUCUCAUCGAAACAGUCUGCCGCCCGUCACGCUCCACGAGAAAAAACACAGGCACAGCUUUCUGCAAAGCGUGCAGAUGAAUGUACAGUUUCCGCCUUCCUUUGUGCCCGAUCUGUAUGAGAAGCCUGAUAGAAUACGUCGGAGAAGCGAAUGGGAGCAGAGUGGCGAAAGAACGAAAAGCGAAAGACGCCUCACAGUGGCAGCAGCAACAAGCGACAAAAUGGAGAAGAUGCGACCUAAUAGAAAGGAAAGAAAUGUGGAAAUUCAAGGACGAGAAGUUAGAGGAAAUGCUGACGACAGAAACUGCGUCUGCGCUACAGUGUGCGACGGAGAAGCGAUAAGCGUAGCAAGGCGCUACUGGUCCCAUGUUUUGCUUGCUCUGUCAAUUCCAACUCCCUUCCUCCGCGUGGAAGUGAAAAGAAAGUUAGCGCCUGCCCUCACCCGUUCACUCAUUUAUCCCUUAUCGUCCUCAUGUCUCCACUACCCCCGACGCAGUUCUCGGUCGCUCUUCCUCCGACUUCCGCGCAGUCUCAUCCCCCCACCUCCCCUGCCGCAUACGCGUUGGUGUUUUCCAACGCUUCUCGAGGCCUUUGUUGUUCUCGCGAAGCCGGAGAGAAGCUGUCUCAGGAGUCUGGAGCCGUGCGUGUCGCUUAAAACGGUUUUUCUGCGGUCAUUGCCCCUGCAGAAGUCGACUUGUCAGUGGCGGCGAAGGGGGAAAGAACGAACGGGUGUUUCUGGUCGUAAGAGAAGAGGCGCGCCUUCAUCCAUAAACUCAUCAAGGUCUGCUUGGGGUCUUUUUCGUCGACGGGCCGCGGGCAGAGCGCGGCGUACGCGAAAUCCACGCGCCGCUUCUGCUCUCCGCGGCAGUUCAAGUACUGGGGAAGAGCCUUUAAAACAUCAGCGUCAUCCCAAGAAAGACUCUGAAAGGCGCUUUCCAUCGCUUUUGGCUCCUGCCAGCCUGCGGCCGAAUCGUAAGCUGCAAGCAGUUUGAGAUCCCCGAGCAGACGGUCCAUAUGCGGCGACGACCCGCUGGACGCGACCGACGCAGACGCAGUGGGUGGCGACAUGGUGGCAAACGGGGCGACGGGGAUGGUACCAGCAAAUAACAGAAAAAGCAAAAGUGGGAGAGUCACAGAGAGAGCCGGACGAGUGUACUGGCCCCGUGGAACAGAGCGACACAGCAGGUGCACGGCGAAACCACUGAAAAACUCUGACUGUAUCUAAACGCUGUACUGGGAAGCGCGAAAUACAGACAAGCGACCAGCAGAAGACUCCCGGAGACAAGAAGCUCUGGAGACACUAACAGCAACUGUGCACACCAACUAUGCAAAUCAGCGCAGAAUCAGCUUUCUCUUGCCUGCCAGAAAAGUCAGGCAUGCAACCAAAAAGCGGGAUCCGUUUCGCUGUAUUGCGCUUCGUCGCAUGCGACAACCAAAGCUGCUGUUUUCGCAGCGUUCCCCGCGAGACAGCGCUUUUCUCAUCAAGGCUCACACGCCCACCCCCCUCGUGUUGCUUCCAAGGAGGUGGGUGAAAGGACGGUUUCGGCAAGCCGCUUCGAGCAGUGUGUGAUUGGCGCAGCUCAGCGCAUCGACGCUAGCGUAGGUUCUGUACUGAUCUCUUCGAUCCAAUCAAAUCUCGCUUGGUCCAUCAGCCCAGCGAUGUUAAUUCUACUGUAGCCGACAAAGUUUCGGCUUGUCGCUUGCCUUGUUGGUAGCACAGG